AUGUUGGACAAAUUCGGGAGUGAAUAUUUAGUCCACUUCUAUAGCGCAGUAUUUAUUCCAAAUAUGAUAUGUAUGUCCACUGAAUUUGCUCAAUUUCGAGAUAUGCAUAACUUAAUGAAAAAUAAGAAAAAUUCCGAAGAAAUUGACAUAAAAAUACCAGUCAAAAUGAUGUUAGAUUCUUCAAAAA